CAGGUUUCCCCCCUGCCCAGGAUGUGGCUGCUGACCCUGCUGGCCCUGGUGGCCACGGUGGCCACCUCCCGCCCCGUGGCCUCCCCCCAGGAGAAGGCCUCCAUCUUCGCCGACCUGUCGGCGGCCGAGCUUCGGGCCGUCAGGACCUUCCUGCUGGGUUGCCCGGAGCUGGGCUUGUCCCCGAACCGGGGGGGCCCCUCGGCCAAGAACACCCUCUUCCUGGUGGAGCUGCUGCCCCCCAAGAAGGAGCCGGCCCUGCGCUACCUGGACGGGGGGGGUCCUCGCCCCCGCCGCCUGGCCCGGGCCGUGGUCUUCUUCGGGGGGGAAGCCCACCCCAACGUCACCGAGCUGGUCGUGGGGCCCUUGCCCCGUCCCAUCUUCUACCGGCCCCUCCGCCGGCCCGGCGCCCGCCCCGUCCCCUUCUCCUCCCGCCCCAUGACCCAGGCCGAGUACGAGGGGCUGCGGCGGGCGCUGGCGGUGGCCACCGAGCCCCUCUACCCGCUGCUGCGCGAGGCCACGGGCUACUGGUUCCACAACUGCACCAGCCGCUGCCUCACCUUCUCCGACAUCGCGCCCCGCGGGCUGGGCCCCGGCGAGCGCCGCUCCUGGCUGAUCCUGCAGCGCCAGGUGGAGGGCUUCUUCCUGCACCCCGUGGGCCUGGAGGUGCUGGUGGACCACCGGGACCCCGACCCGGCCCGCUGGGAGGUCCAGCGGCUGUGGUACAACGGGAGGUACUUCUCCACCCCCCAGGAGCUAGCCCGCGGCUACCAGAGGGGGACGGUGGCGGUGGCCCGCCUGGAAGAGCUCCCCGCCGAGGGGCUCUUCUCCAGCUACGAGCCCCGGGGGACCUUCUCCACCGGGACCCCCACCGACGUGCACGGGGCCAAGGUGUGCGAGCCCCAGGGCCGGCGGUACCGGCUGCGGGGCAACCUCCUGGAGUACGGGGGCUGGAGCCUGGCCUUCCGGCUGCGCUCCUCCGCCGGCCUCCAGCUCUUCGACCUGCGCUUCAACGGGGAGCGCGUGGCCUUCGAGCUGAGCGUCCAGGAGGCCAUCGCCUUCUACGGCGGCCACACGCCGGCGGCCAUGCAGACCAAGUACAUGGACGCCGGUUGGGGCAUGGGCUCCGUCUCCUACGAGCUGGCCCCCGGCAUCGACUGCCCGGAGGUGGCCACCUUCCUGGACGCCCACCACCUCUACGACGCCGACGGGCCCGUCAGGUUCUCCAAGGCCCUCUGCGUCUUCGAGCUGCCCACCGGCGUCCCCCUGCGCCGCCACUUCGACAGCGACUUCCAGGGGGGCUUCCACUUCUACGCGGGGCUGGAGGGGCACGCGCUGGUCCUGAGGACCACCUCCACCGUCUACAACUACGACUACAUCUGGGACUUCCUCCUCUACCCCAACGGCGUCCUGGAGGCCAAGGUCCACGCCACCGGCUACAUCCACGCCACCUUCUACACCCCCCAGGGCCGGCGCUACGGCAGCCGCGUCCACAGCCACCUCCUGGGCAACCUCCACACCCACCUGGUCCACUACAAGGUGGACCUGGACGUCGCAGGCACCGGCAACAGCUUCGAGUCGCUGGAGGUGCGCAUGGAGAACAUCUCCAACCCCUGGAGCCCCGGGGCCCGGGUUGUCCAGCCCCGUUUGCAGCGGCGGCGCCGGCGCCACGAGGCCGAGGCCGCCUUCCCCUUCGGGUCCCCGCUGCCGCGGUACCUCCUGCUCUACAACCCCCGGCGCCGCAACCGCUGGGGCCACCACCGCGGCUACCGCCUCCAGCUCCGCUCCCACGCCGGGCCCGUCCUGCCCCGCGGUUGGCAGGAGGAGAAGGGCGUCUCCUGGGGAAGGUACCCCCUGGCCGUGACGCGGCGACACGAGGAGGAACCCACCAGCAGCAGCAUCUACGCCCAGAACAACCCCUGGGAGCCCCUGGUGGACUUCGAGGGCUUCCUCCGCGACAACGAGACCCUGGAGGACCAGGACCUGGUGGCCUGGGUGACCGUGGGCUUCCUGCACGUGCCGCACGCCGAGGACAUCCCCAACACGGCCACCCCCGGCAACGCGGUGGGCUUCUUCCUGCGCCCCUUCAACUUCUUCGACGAGGACCCCUCGGUGGCCGCCCGGGACCCCGUCAUCGUCCGC